AUCCCAAUAAUGAUUUACCAUUUUAAAACUAACAGGAGUAACGUUCAGAUGUUAACAACACUCUACAUUAAAGCUUGCUGCAGAUACGCCCUCGAAGAACCAAAUAUGCAUUUCCCACGUCGGCUUCAAAAACAUUCCACGAGAAAAUAGCACACCAGAAAAUAGCAAAUGAAGAAGCUAUCUGCAUGAAACACUUAGGGGCGUUCGAGACUUCAUUAUGCAUUCAAAGUUUACAUCGGUAAUAUCAUUGACAAGAUAGCAAGAUAGUUCGUAAACUUACUUGUAGACAAAUUAACCAAUUAAUGUCAAAAAAUGUUGUAUCAACAAAGCCAAUAGUUUUAUCCAGCUGUGAUUUAUGUGUAAAAAUUCUUGAUUCCGCUAAUUGUGAACUCACGUUUUCAAUAUUCCAAAGCGCCUUAAUUUCUUAAAAUAUUCUUUAUACAAUCUCUCUUAAAUAGUCAAGUUUUUCAGUUUAUAUGAAUACAAAUCUACUUUUUACAUUCACAAUGGCCGACUCACAGCUUGAAAUAAUCACGUCUUUUGGUGCGGGCGCCUUGGGAUGCGUGUUAGCAUCUCGCCUCUCGGAGACCUGGGGCCAUACUUUCAAAACUUGCUAAGUGAACUUGGUGCGGGCGCCGCGGGAUGCGUGGUAGCGUCGCGCCUCUCGGAGACCAGCGCCCGCGUGCUGCUGCUGGAGGAAGGGCCGUCGGCUACACCGGAGACCGCCAUACCCAGACUGGCGAUCCUGCCGUACGUCACAAACACGGGCCACUUCCGCAGAGUGAAAGGCAUCUCACGGGGAAACUCUUUGUUAGGAGUUGAAAACCAGACCAUCUCAAUGAUCGUCCCGCGCGUGAUGGGCGGGGGGACGACCGUCAACGGCGCGCUCUACGUCCGCGGCGCCAAACUCGACUACGAUAACUGGAGCGCCCUCGGCAACCCGGGCUGGGACCAUGCGUCGCUCCUGCCUUAUUUUAAAAAAUCUGAGGACUUCAGAGGGACGAUUACUGAGCAUACGGACGCAUACCACGGCAAAGGCGGGCCACUGACUGUCGACACCACAGACGACGUCAGAGAGAUGAAAGAAAUCAUCCGUCCCGUCGCUGCUGAGCUGGGACUCGACAUCAUAGAUCCCAACGGUCCUAAUAAUAUAGGGUUUGCGCCGGUGCACAACGCAAUAAGAAGCGGUGUAAGAGCUUCGGCGUCAGAAGCAUUCUUGAAGCCAGUCAUGCGCCGACCUAACCUACACAUUCUAACUGGAGCCCGGGUUGACAAAAUCCUCUUCAACAAGAAUAAAAAAGCAACGGGGGUGCAAUACACUUUCAGAGGGAAGACUCGCAUUGUGAACGCUCGAAAGGAAGUGAUCAUCAGCGCAGGCGCUGUUAUGACCCCAAAGCUUCUAAUUCAUUCCGGCAUUGGGCCAAGAAAACAACUUGAAAAGUUAGGGAUUCCUGUAGUAGCCCUGGCAGAAGGUGUCGGGCAAAACCUGGGCACUCACGUAACCAUUCCACUGUACUGGAAGAUAAAACCCGGCCUCUGGUUCUCGACAAAGGAUUUUUUAAGCCCUCAUAACAUCGUGACUUACAUUAAGAAGCAAACAGGCUUCUAUUCUACGCCGAUGGGUCCCACGAUGCACACGUACCUCAAUGUCGGCGGAAGUAACCCUCGUCGCCCCGACGUUGAUCUGUACAUGGGGCUUCAAAUUGGCGUAAAGCUUCCAUUCUACACACGUGAGAUUAAUUCCCAAAUUGCCGGUCCGCUUCUCAACGAGCCCGUCCUUUUCGCGACGGAUAUGCUAUGUCGCCCAAAAAGUAAAGGAUACAUAGCGAUCACAUCGAAAAACCCCGUCGAAUUACCUGUCGUUCACUACAAUGUCUACGAACAUCCCGACGACAUUAAACUGCACCUGAAAGGUGUUGAAGAAUUGAGACGCAUCAUGGACUCUGAAGCCAUCAGGAAAAUACGAGUGGCACAGCCGGAUUUGACGUUGAAGGCGUGCGCGCAUUUAGGCAACAACACCGACGGCUACUGGGAGUGCUACGCCCGCCACAUGACGAUAUUCAACGAGCACUUCUGCUGCACCGCAAAAAUGGCACCGCCGACCGACCCAAUGGGCGUUGUGUCUUCCAGGCUCAGUGUGCGGGGAGUGUCGGGCCUUCGUGUCGUGGACGCCUCGGUGAUGCCGGAGGUGGUCUCCACCAACACCAUGGCCACCGUUUACGUCAUUGCCGAGAAAGCCUCCGACAUCAUCAAGCAAGAUUGGGGAUAUCUAACAAAGGAACAAGUUUAAAAAUACUAAACCAAAAACUUGCCCCAAAAUGAAGCUUCUUUUAUUAUAACGAAAGUAUCAAAAAUUACUGCAUCCAUAUACCUGAGCCCUCAAUUAGAGGUGAUAGAAUCUAGCGGGAAUCGCAACUGAAAACCAUGCUGCGCAAUCGAUUUAUUGAGAAUAACCGAAAUAUUUUAAUUUGAUCGUAAUAAAUUUGUGAUAAAGAAGAUUUCUCAUUCUCAUAAUGCUGUGGUAGCAUCAACUCAAACUCACCUGAAUGCAAUAUCUGUGGCAACACUGUAGGUAUAUAUGACCUUUCACCAUUUUGAUUUCCAGUCAUGCAUACUGACGAAGGAUUAGGAAAAGUCCAAUGCAAUUGUCCCAAAAACUUUUACACGCUUUGAUUGACUUUAAUAAUUGACGACUCGCAAUCAUUUAAACCAAACAAUGAAACACAUAAAUUUCUUAUUUUGAACUUUGGAAUUGUGGAAGUCGACAUUAAUCUGCUAGAGAAGGAUAUUAGACUUCUUAAACGAUCGACUUUCGAGUCAAAUUGCUUCGUAGCGCGCAAUAUAAUGUAAAAUAUAGGCAAAGCGGAAAAUGUAGAAAACUUUUUAAUGCCAACUGUACAACGUAGCACAGGAACGCCAGCAUGUAACAAUUAUUAAUGAGCGAAACAGUGCCGCGUUGUUUAUGACUUCUGAAUAAUUAAAUCUGGUAAAUUCCCUUGAUCACAUGUUACUUAUUUAAUUUUUUUGUCGUGUUGUGUGAAUCUAUUUCAAAAUCAAAUGGCAUCUCUGCUUCCAGGUACGUAAGAUUGAUUGAAUAUGCUGUCUGUAAUUGCCCAACGUCUCCAUACCAUUAUAAAAUUAUAUUUUUUUACUAUCAAUAACAAGGAUAUGCAUA